GAGAUAUCAAAGAUGGCGGACGGCUAGCUCAUUGUUGAAUGAAACGAUUUUGGAAUAUUUUCUUUUGAAAGUUUACUUGUAAAUGUGGACAUGACCUCGGAAAACUACCGUUGAAACGUCUUUAGGAAGUACUGUCUUCCAAAAAAUGGAAGUAGAGCAAGAGAAAAGCGCGCAAGAGGAAAGGCAGCAAUGGAAACUUGAAAAGGACACAGAAUUGAGGCUGGAGAUUCCUGAAGGAAAGGGAAAAGCUGAACUUGUGCUUCUCCAAGGUCAAGGUGAAGUGUUUGGAACUGAACUCAUAAGAAACAAGAAAUUCACCUUCAAGGCUGGAUCAAAAGUUGCCAUUUUCACCUGGCAUGGCUGUACUGUUGAAAUCUCUGGUCCUCUGGAAGUUGCUUAUAUCUCUAAAGAAACACCCAUGGUCAUGUACCUGAAUCUUCACAUGGGCCUGGAACAAAAGAGACAAAAGGCUGAAAACUCUCCUGAUGAAUCUGAGACUGGUCCAAGGGUACUAGUUGUGGGUCCUGUGGAUGUUGGUAAGUCCACCCUGUGUCAGCUGCUGUUAAACUAUGCUGUUAGGAUGGGUAGAAGACCGGUGUUUGUGGAUCUGGAUAUUGGCCAGGGUAGAGUUGGCAUUCCUGGCUCAAUGGGUGCUUUGCUGAUUGAGAGACCUGCAGAUAUUGAAGAAGGAUUUCCACUUCAAGCACCAUUAGUAUAUCAUUAUGGUCACUUGUCACCUGGACCAAAUGAGAAGCUAUACAACAAGAUAUCCAGCAAAAUUGCUGAAGUCACAAAGGAGAGGUUUGAAAAAAACAAGAAAGCUCGAGCGAGUGGCUGUAUUAUCAAUACCUGUGGCUGGGUGACUGGAACUGGUUAUAGAAUUCUGGUUCAUGCAGCUGAAGCAUUUGAUGUGGAUGUAAUAGUUGUUCUUGAUCAAGAAAGAGUCUACAAUGAUCUCAAGAAGCAGUUUGGUAACAAAGUCCAGAUUGUACAUCUUCCUAAAUCUGGUGGGGUGGUUGUACGUAGUCAAGAAACUCGACGGACUGCAAGAGAUGAGAGAGUGAGGAACUAUUUUUAUGGAAUGAAGUUAAAUUUUUAUCCUCACAUUUUUGAGGUCCGAUUUGCAGACAUAAAGAUUUUCAAAAUAGGGGCUCCAGCUGUCCCUGACUCCUGUCUUCCACUGGGGAUGGCUCCAGAACAGAAUGAAACCAAACUGGUUCCAGUGCAGCCGGGACGUGACUUAAAGCAUUGUGUGUUAGCACUGAGUGCAGCUGAAUCUUUGGAAGAAGACUUAGUCACAACAAAUGCAGUAGGCUUUGUUGUCGUGAAUGAGGUUGAUUUAGAUCGCCAGAUGAUGAUCGUGUUAUCUCCUGCUCCAAGGCCAUUGCCAAGAAAGUUCUUUUUACUCAGUGACGUCAAGUUUAUGGACUUUAAAUGAUAAUUACAUGUAUUUUUAUCACUUUAUAACACUCUGUACAAACUUAAAUGAGACCAGAAACCUACAUUUGUAAACAUACAGUCAUAUACGCGUAAUGUUCCAAAUGAUCUGUCAAGGUACACUUACAGGUGAACAGUAAUAUCAUGAACAGAAUCAUGAGCGCUAUAAUAAUAAUUAUUUUUAAAAUUUUCAGAAGGAGCAUAUGGAAAGUGUCAGACAUACAUGUAAUAAUUUUAUUAUUGUAACCAAAGAAAAAGAUUGUCACAACUUAUUCUCACAGAUUCCAUGCAUUUAUUGUACAUUGUUCAAUAUGCACCCUUUGUGUUCCAAAGAUUAAUACUUGCAAGUACAGUUAUGUUACUGACUUGCUAGUUUUUGUACUUGUUUAUUAUGUGAAUACUGAUAGUUUGCUAGAUAGAAACUACUUUCUUAAGAUGGGGAAUGGGAUCGACAACAAAUUAUUCUUCUUUGAUGCCAAUCACAGUGAUAACUUUGUUACUGUGAACCCUUCUCAACCUGUAUUCUCUCCUUACAUUUAUAUCAGUAUGACAAACAUUAAUUUUGUUAUGACAUACAUUUAAUUUUGUUAAGUUGACUGGUGCUAAGAAUUAUGUAAUACCUGGAAGUUGAUUUGAGAGGCUGGACUUGUAAACUAUUUCUGAUCAAGCAUUAUUUGAAAUAAACUUUUUUUUAUUUUA